GUCAAACAAUGUAAUCAAAGUGGAGAAGUGAAUUCUAAAUUAAUGAAAAUUCCUACAUAUUUAUUGCUAAUUAAAAUUAUGAAGCAAAUUCCAGGCUCUAAGGCCAGAAAACGAUGAAUGUAAUGUUAGAGUUAUAAAAGUUUUAGUUUAGUAGACAGAAUGAAACUCCAAAAUUUGAAGACUUGCUACAUAUUGGUACAUAAUUGAAAUUAAAGUUUAUAAUGAAUGUUGUGCAGCAGCAAAUUGUACGUGAAACAUGUAAAGGGCAUACUACAAAAUUUACAGAUCGUGAACUUGGUCAUGCCUGCCCUUCAAAGCUUAGCAAGCGAGAACUAGAGGACCUCUACUUUGCCCUAUUUGACAGUAAUGUGGACUUAAAACGUACCAUUAAUAGUCAAAAUGAAAAGAUUAAACAACUGUCCACUAAAGUCCAGAGGCUUACUGCAACUCAGAAGACAAGUCUUGGGAAAGAUGAAAGGGACUGCUGCUCAGGUGGCAAAGGUGUUAUUCGUGAGCAGAAAGAAAUUAUAGCAGAGUUAAAAAGAAGUAACGACCGGUUGUCUGAGAGGAUUCGUAUUUUGAACAUGAGACUGUGCUCCGCUAAACAGUUUCUAGGAAGAACUUCUGCCCGCUGUAAUAGAUGCUGCCUUGGAACUAGUGCUUCUGUUAAAAAUUCAUCAACUAGUGCUCUCAACACCAGUAUCAAAAAAAGUGCAAGUAAUGUACAGACAACGGCCACUUCUUUUGAAUUUAUUGAUAAAGAACCAACAAUGACACGUACGACCGAGGUACAAACUAGUUAUCGGGAUAAUGACAAUGAAGAGAAACUGUGUGACGAAAAUAAAUGCAGAACUCUUAUGGAGGAGUUGAAGCAAAAAAUUGUUACGCUGGAAGAGGAGUUGUCCAAAACACAUGAAGAAUACAUAAUGCGUAUUAGCCGAUUGGAGGAAGAAGUGCUCACAUUGCGUCAGAGCAGUGACUUAGAGCGUCUCACCCUGCAGCAAAGUGAGCUGCAAAAUGAGCAGCUUCUACAAAGAUUACGUGCCGCAGAGGCGCGGUGUGACGAUAUUAGCCUUCAGCUAUCUAUAGAGAAGGGCAAGGUAUUCGAGCUGGAGACGCGGCUGAGAGCUUCUGACAUUUCCACGCAAAUCGCCAAGACAAUCGAGCAACAUCUCAAACUUACCAACCUCGAAAGGGAAAGGCAUUCAACCACCAAUUUAGCGGAGCAAGAGGAUACGAAAACUUCGCAAAAGCGGCCUAAGAGCUCCGAUGACUCGGGAUACGUGGACGCAAUUAUGCCUGAUGAUAGAAAGAGCCCCGAUAAAGACACCAACAAUGAAUUGAGGGAGAAAAUAUUAGAUCUUCAAUCACAAAUAAACGCUAUAAAACUUCAAGCAACGACUGAAAAGGAUACUGAGAGAAAGAUACCGAAUUUUGACCGUCACGACCUUGUAAUGGAGGAGGAUCAAGUUUCAUUACUUAAAAGUGUUAACGAUUCAAGUAAUAUGAUGAAGGAUUUGCCGUUAGCGGGGAUCGAUAACUUAAAAUCGGGAAGCAUAGAAAUCAAAAACUCAGAUGUAAAUAUUCAGCAAGUUAGAGAACAGAACAGUUUCAACGAUAGAGUGCCUAUAUCCGAAACAUUGCAGAAAUCCUGCCUAAACUUACCUGCGAAUAGUACAGGGAUUUCGAAAAGUUUAGAACAACAUCCAACAAGAAUUCAUAGGAACAAUAUUUCUUACGAAGAUUUUAUCCCCGAUGAAACGCAGAAAGGCAAUGUGGAUACAGACGAGCAACAAAACACACUGCACACCAUCAUGGGGUAUUCUGCUGCCAAUUUUGUCGAUAUUGAAUCCUCACUGAAUGACAAUGAAAGUGUUAAGAAACCUAACAAGAAUGACGUAACAGAUCAAAGUGAUCAAAUUGUCAAAGACGAUGCAACAGAUGAUCUAAACUAUAAACCUGAAAUUCCUAAAAUAGCUGAAAGGGGAACUGGAAAUGUAAAAGACCGUCAUUCAGAUACAAAAGGCAGCAGAGACAAAGAAAAAUUGAAACAGAAGUUUAACAGGGAGUCUGUUGAUCAAAAUAGAAAAGAAUUUAGACUUAAUGUACCUAAGUCGGAAUUUAAUGUUUAUAGUAAAGAAGCGAAGGCCGCUACGAAAUAUAUUCCACAUAACAAUACAAGUUUUGAUUAUAUUGAACCUAAAUUGCGUAAAGAAAGAACUUCGAGGAAUGUGAAAUUACCAAAAAGUCCUUCUGCGGUCGGAUUGACGUAUAAUGUACAGCAUAAAAACGAUGUCAAAGUUCCAAAAGGAGAUAGGAUUGGCACAGAAAAAAAUCUCCAGAACGGUAAAGGGAAGGGUAAAGUCACGCGUAAAAAAGAACCAGUGCGCAACGUGAAAAAGCAAAGUCAGUCUAAAAAGAAGACAGAUUUAAAUACUAGGCAGUCUGCUAACGUCAAAGCACAGGAAAUUAAACAGUUGGGUGUGGAUAAACAAGCGGAUGAGUGUUCUUGCAGCAGUAGCGCGCGCACGUACACAGUGCGCCAGUCUGCGGACGACACGGACGGCGAGAUCUCCGGCUUAACUGACCUGCCCGACGAGGUGGACGAAAGUCCGAGAGUUGUGUUGUCACCCGGCGAGCAGAUUGCGAGUGUGGGCACGUGCACGGAGACCUGUACGUCUACUGCCGACUGCAUCACGCUCAGUGAGGGCGAACUGCCCUUCGCAACUGGAGGUAGAGUUUUAUCGCCUGGAGAACGGAAGUGGAAAAAUAGUAGCGGUGAAGUGUCUGCGGAUGUGACGAGUCCGCAGAAGAUGCAGCAGACGCUGCAGAGCAUCGGCGCGGAGGUGCAGCGCUGCUCGCGUCUGCUGCAACACGCGCAGAUGUCGACGUCUGCCACGACUGCCUCACCCGCCGGUACUUGAACUUCAUCUACCGAACAGACUGGUUCCAACAGGAACUCAACAAAAUGUUGUCUAAUAAUGGGAUAGUUAAAAAUAUAAACGAUAUAUGGAUCUGAGGUGUUUUGGUCCAAUGUGAGAAUAAACAAAAAAAUUUUUUUAAAUAAAUCAGCAAAAAUUGUAUUAUUCUUAAUGUAUAGUGAUUUCAUCUAGUUCACUUUUCUAGGUUUACUAUAGUUACACAAUUCACACAUUACUCAGCUUCGUGCUCUAUACCUUAGAUGAGAGUGCUUCUAUACUCUAUAUAUAAACUAAUAGUGAUGUAUAUAAUAUGAGAUUUAUAUACUACAGAAUCGUUUUAUAUACUUCAGACAAUGUAAAAAAUACAUUGGUAUUAAAACACUCCUUUAAAAGUCAUGUAAAAAGGAAACUAGGACUUUAUCUAAAUUCUCUAAAAGCUUUUUUAUAUACUGACAAAUACAUUUCCGUAAUAUUCAUAACAAUUGUAUAUUAUCCGUAUAAUAUGUAAGACACUUGUAAAUUGUAACAUAAUGUAAAUGUUAGAGUUAAAAUUCAUUUAUUUAUAAUUUCACGUAAUAUGAAGUUUAUUCUCAUAGAUUUGUAGCAAUAUUUAAAUCUAAUACAUUAUGUGGUUUAAAAUUAUUUUAUUGACAUUUUUAUAUCAUACCUUCCAAUGUUUUUUUUUUAAAUUGAUUGUAUAUCAAAUAAUCACUUAAAUUUGUAUUUAUUGUGUAAUCUAUUAAUGUACCAUAGACGAAAAUAAAUUACAUAUGUAAAGUUAUAGUUUAUAAAGGUUCCACUGUUGGUCUCAAGACUUAUCUUAUUUCUGAGAGAUUUAUGGACCAGUUUUUCCGCCGUUUUUGCUACAUUGUAUUUUGCCGAAUUUAACUGGUUCUAGAACUAUUUUAUUUCUCAAAAAUGCAGGUUUCCUCACGAUAUUUUCCUUCACCGUCGAACCCAUGGGUAAUUCGGCACUUAAAAUUACAGUUAAAACUGAAGAAGAAUAGAAUCUCUCUCGAAGAAGCGACAGCCGAUGGAGAAAAAAGGUUUUUAAGUGGCAACAAGUGCCGGGUGGCCCUACUAGAUGGAGAGACGACCUGGAUAUACAUGCAGGAAGUUCUGUUAAGCAGUGGACUUGUGGGCUGUAAUGAUGAUGAUGAUGAAUUUGCUUAUUUUAUUUAUUUAACGAUUUAUGUACCAAAAACAAUGUAGAUGACACAUCAUGAUAAAGAGUUUGUACAAGGGCGCUACUUAUUUCAUAAAUGAAAUUUCUUCCAGUAGGCCAGUUAAAAAGAUAUAACGAUAAAUAAAAGAUAGAGAUAGCGUCUAUCUUAUUAUGUUUUUCUUCUUUAUAAAAGUAGAAAUCGGUGUAAUUUCCAUGACUACUUUAUUUUGUUCAACAGAAAAUUUGAUUUGUUAUUUUUAUAUUAUUAUCUUGUAUGUAAGUGUUAUAAUGUAGGCCUAGAAAAAUUUAAUAUUAAUUGAUACUACUACUUUUUUAAGUAAAUAAAGAAUUAAUUGAUGUUAAUUUAUAUG